AUGUCUGCCACGUUGUCGGCUGAGGAUAUUUACGUACGCUACUAUGUUGGACACAAAGGAAAGUUUGGCCACGAGUUUCUCGAAUUCGAAUUCCGUCCUGAUGGCCAACUCCGCUAUGCGAACAACUCGAAUUACAAAAAUGACACAUGCAUCCGGAAACAAGCCUAUGUGAGUCCACAGGUUUUGAAUGAAUUGAAGCGAAUUGUCGAGGAUUCAGAAAUCAUGCAGGAGGAUGACGGUCAAUGGCCUGAACCUGAUAAAAUUGGACGCCAAGAACUCGAGAUCCUCAUCAACAACGAACACAUUUCCUUCACCACUGGAAAAAUCGGAUCGUUGGCUGAUGUCAACAACAGCAAGGAUCCAGAUGGUCUUCGCUCUUUUUACUACCUCGUCCAAGACUUGAAGUGCCUUGUCUUCUCACUUAUCGGACUCCAUUUCAAGAUCAAGCCAAUUCAG